GAGCCGAACCAUCACUCGCUAAGCCAUCGAGACUGGCUUAUCCAAGAACGUCCUUUCAAGCCGUGCCACCCCCCUUUUCCCUCCGUUUCUGUCGCGGGAACCCUUGACCAAUGUCCUUAAGGUCACCAAUAUCGCCCCAGCGGAGGGGCUUCCUCCCCAUCUCGGGCGACUCGAGCACCCCCGAUGUACAGGACAUCCCCCUGCGCCCCAUCAAGUCAAACGCCAGCUCGACAGGUACGCGAAAGGCCAACACCGAAGGCAUGGAGGAAAAGCACGCCAUUUUCGACAAAGCCGUCGGCGGCCCGGCGGGCAGGAGGCGCCUCAGGAACGACCUACACCGGGGGGACACGGGUGAGUCGUCCGAGGAGGCCUCGCUCAACGCCAUGGGCCGCUUGUACCACAAGAUCGUUGGCUUCUCCGUCGUCACGCGCUAUCUUGUCUACGUCGCCCCCGUGGCCCUGCUGCUCGCCGUUCCCAUCAUCGUCCUCCCGCUCACCGGGGACAAGGACCGCGUCAGCCUGGGCGACCAGAAGCGCCAUAGCCUGUUCCUGCUGUUCGUCUGGAUCGAAGUCUCGUGGCUGGCCCUCUGGACCGGGAAGCUGGCCGCCCAUGUCCUCCCCUACGUCUUCAUGUUCUUCUGCGGCGUCGUCAGCUCAGGCACGAGGAAGUACGCCACCGUCCUGCGCGCCCUCGAGAUCCCCCUCUCGCUGUUCUUCUGGGGCCUCGCCUCGUGGCUGUCGUUCAAGUUCAUGUUCGAAGGCGCCAACAAGGAGUGGUCCGAAGUCAUCGUCCGCAUCCUGCUGUCGCUCUUCCUCUCGUCCGCUGUCCUCUUGGGAGAGAAGUUCCUCGUGCAGCUGAUUAGCAUCAGCUACCAUCAGCGAUCCUUUGCAAACCGCAUCCAGGACUCCAAGCGCGAGAUAUACCUCCUGGGCCUCAUGUACGAAGCCUCCCGCACGCUCUUCCCCAUGUACUGUCCCGAGUUUGCCGAAGAGGACUAUAUCAUUGCAGACAGUAUCGAGGCCAUGCUUACCCGCGGUAAAGGGGGCAAGCAGGGGGUGGCCGCCGCGCCCAUGAAACUCGUCGGCGACGUCACUCGUCUGGGCGACAAGAUCACGUCCGUCUUCGGCAACAUCGCCUCCGAGAUCACCGGGAAGCAGGUCUUCAACCCCAACUCGGCUCACUCCGUCGUCGUCGAAGCGCUCGAGAAGGUUCGCAGUUCCGAGGCCAUGGCUCGCCGCAUCUGGAUGUCCUUUGUCGUCGAGGGCCAGGAUGCGCUCUCACGCGAUGACAUCAUUGAGGUCAUGGGUCCUGCUCACCGGGAAGAGGCCGAAGAGUGUUUUGAAGCCAUCGAUGCCGAUCAAAACGGCGACAUCAGCUUGGACGAGAUGAUUCGCAAGGUUGUCGCGAUUGGCAAAGAGCGCAAGGCCAUCGCCCACAGCAUGAAAGACAUCAGCCAGGCGCUGGCCGUUUUCGACAAGGUCCUUUUGUUCGUUGUCUUGAUCAUCGUCAUCAUCAUCUUCUUGGCCGUCUUCCAGAGCACCUUCAUUGCCACCCUUACCACAGCUGGCACCACGCUUCUCUCGCUGUCCUUCGUCUUUGCCACUACCACGCAAGAAUUCUUGGGUUCCUGCAUCUUCCUCUUUGUCAAGCAUCCCUAUGACGUGGGCGACCGCGUCGACAUCACGGGCCCGGAGAAGGAGCAGUUGAUUGUGGAGAAGAUCUCGCUCCUCUACACCGUCUUUACGCGCAUCGACAAGAUGCAAGUCGUGCAGGUCCCCAACAUCGUCCUAAACAACGCCUGGGUCGAGAACGUGACGCGAAGCAAGGCUAUGAAGGAGACCAUCGAGGUCAAUGUUUCAUUCGACACGUCGUUUGAGGACAUCGAGCUCCUGCGCCUCGAACUCGAGCGCUUUGUGCGGGCGCCCGAGAACAACCGCGACUUCCAGCCCGACAUCUCCAUCGGCGUGGGCAGCGUUGGCGACUGCGAUAAACUCACGCUCACUGUUGCCAUCAAGCACAAGUCCAACUGGCACAAUGACGCCGUUCGGGCGACCCGCCGCUCCAAGUUCAUGUGCGCGCUUACUCUCGCUCUCAAGCGCGUGCCCAUCUACGGCCCAGGCGGUGGCGGUGACGCCCUCGGCGGGCCUACCAACCCUUCGUACAGCGUUGCUGUCACUGACGAGUUUGCCGCCCAGGCUCGCGCCAAGUCCGAGCAGGAGAAGGCGGCCAAGAGGCUGGCAAACCAGAGCGCAGAGGAGGCUGCCAACUCCGAGUCGGCCGCCGCGGCGGAGCAGCGAGCGGCCGAUCAGAUCAACACGUCGAGGCCGGUGGUGGAGGUCCUGGACGACUGGGGGUACGAGAAGACCCUCACUAGCCACGAGCCAUCGGCUGACCGUCCCCGCCCCUCUGACUCUGGCGCUGCAACUACCACGUCCCGCUCCGAUGUCCUCGGCGGCAUAAGCACCCGCGAAUCCCAACGCGGUCGCCGGAAGGCUGGCGAGACGCUCCCCCCGCACGCUCUUGACGACGAUUCGAACAUGCCGGCGGUCCAGCUAACGCGCACGUCCACGUCGACCCGUACGGACAAGCGUUCGUUUGACGUUGAGAGGCAGGCGGGUAUCCCGCCGCCCGCUGGGUCGCCGUACAAUACGUGGGCGGCCUACAACACGCAGGCGUCUGGUACGAUGCCGAGCGGAGCCGGUGGCCAGCCCCCACAAGACCCAUUCGGGGGGCCUUCCCCGCCUCCCGGGAUGCCCACGCAUCUUACCGUUCAGCAGCCGGGAGCGGCACCGACUCAGAGUGCAUCGCCCGGGAGGACGUUAGUGGGUGCGAGGCCCAGGGGCGGCAGUGUGAGUCGGCCCCAGGAAGGUGGCCCGGCUCAGGGUCAGCCCGGACCGUCGGGCACUGCGGGCCCUUCGGGUAGGAGCUGAGAAUCCAACAUGCUCGUUUCUCGUUUACACGACUUCUGAUAUCACAUUUUUGGUGGCCAUCUACGGCUGGUAAGCUCUCAGCAUCCAGGGGGGGCGGGGGGCGGGGGGCGGAUCAAAGUUGAGAGCUGGACGAUUGUACAGAAUUUGGCGGCAA